AUGGAUUCGGACGGCGAUACUGCGCCGGUCGCAGCGCCUGGCAUCACCGUCACCACCACAGACUAUACGAACGAUGCGCAGCACGAUAGCGCUACGAUCGAAGAUGGCGCUGAAGCGCAAGAAGAGCUUCCUUCAGAUGCCGACGAAGAGACACGGCUGAAGUUUCUCACCACCGGCACUCGCGCGCAAGAUGAUCUGGAGCGGGACAUUGGUCGCCAGGCGGACAAGCUGCUCACUGAGCAAGCUGAUGCGCGCGACAAGAAGCGCAUAGAAAAGGCGGAAGCUGAAGCCAAGCGCGCUGAAGCAGCAAUACAAAAGAUAAAGAACCGACUGUCUUUACCUGCACUCGAUACCCAGAAGGCGAAGCUUCGUGGCGAGAUUGCCAUGCAUCGGCAGAAGAUCGAUGAACUCGACGCAGAGAUGGAUGCCAUACAGCAGCGCAUCAACGAUCGACACACGGUGCCUGGUGGCGACGAAGACGACGGCAACGGGCCGCUCCCAAACGAGAGUCGUCGAGAUUUCCUCAUACGUACCGGCAAGAUCACACCCUUCUCCAAGCUGGCGCAAAACCAGCCAGGCUCGGGAACGCUGGGAGAGACUAUGCUAGAUGCUGAGGUGGAAGACAUGGAUGUCGACGACAGCUCAGAAGUAACGAGCCCUGAGCCCGUAUCUAGAUCCACGAAGCGACGCAAAAUCACGCGCAAGAGCGAUGUCUCCAACUCUCGAGAAUCAAGCGCUGCUAUUGGCACCGACGGCGAUUCCGACGAUGCCUUCGACCCAGGCUUGGACGACCGGCAGCUUGCUACGCUAGAUGACUCAGAGGGGCUCUCGGGAGAUGUCACACAGGAUGACGACUUCAUGCCAGAUACCGUGGGUCGCACACCAAAAGCUCGUGGCAAGAAACGGAAGGCAAAGGCAAAGACCGCUUCUGUCGAUGGUGAUGCGGAAGAGGAUCUUGCUGGCGUUGACGAUGGUAAUGAGCGCGUCUUCCAGCAAAGAGUCGAAAAGUGGAACGCCAGUCGUGCAGCAGCACGGAAGCGAGCGAAGGAGAAGAACGGCGAAACUGCUGCUGACGAAGAGGGCGAGGAGGAGUGUUUUCUGCCACACCCCACAGAGCCGGAUACGGAAUUUGACGGUGGUUUCCGCAUUCCUGGCGACAUCUUCCCUGCCUUGUUUGACUAUCAAAAGACGGGUGUUCAAUGGCUUUGGGAGUUGUAUCAGCAGAACGUUGGUGGCAUCAUCGGUGAUGAGAUGGGCUUGGGCAAGACGAUCCAAGCCAUCUCGUUCGUUGCAGGUCUUCACUACUCCAAGCAGCUUACCAAGCCGGUUAUCGUGUGGGUAAACGAGUUCCACAAGUGGUGGCCAGCUCUACGUGUAUCGAUCCUGCAUACCUCUGGUAGCGGCAUGUUGGACACUCGCCGAGAGGAUCGUCUCGAGCGGGAGAUGGAGCUUCGCAGCUACGGGGAUUACGACGCGACUUUAACUGGUGCGGGAAAGCAAGCCAAGAAAAUUCUUGAGCGAGUUAAGCAUGACGGACACGUUCUUGUGACUACGUACUCUGGUCUACAGACUUAUUCCGAGUUUCUCAUCCCCACCGAUUGGGAAUGUGCGAUCCUUGACGAAGGCCAUAAGAUCAGGAACCCCAACACGUCGAUCACAAUCCACUGUAAAGAGUUGCGUACACCGAAUCGCAUCAUCCUCUCGGGUACACCAAUGCAGAACAACCUGACUGAGUUGUGGUCACUUUUCGACUUCGUCUUCCCCAUGCGCCUCGGUACCCUUGUCAACUUUCGAAAUCAGUUCGAAUUUCCCAUCAAGCGUGGUGGCUAUGCAAACGCUUCGAAUCUUGAGUUUGAGACUGCAGUACAGUGUGCAGAGACGCUCAAGGAUGCCGUGAGCCCAUACCUGCUCCAACGGUUCAAGUCCGACGUAGCGACGGAUCUGCCUCAGAAAAAGGAACAGGUGCUGUUUUGCAAGCUCACACGUCAGCAACGCCUGGCAUAUGAGGGAUUUCUGGCAUCGGAAGAUAUGAAGUCCAUCUCUAGCGGCAAGCGACAAAUGCUGUAUGGCGUCGACUACCUGCGGAAGAUAUGUAAUCACCCCGACCUCACGGAACACAAGACACUUUCGAAGCAACCAGGUUACGAUUAUGGUGCGCCAAACAAGUCUGGCAAGAUGCAGGUCGUUAAAGAGCUACUGUCACUCUGGAAGAAGGGUGGGCACAAGACCUUGCUGUUCGCCCAACAUCGCAUUAUGCUUGAUAUCUUGCAAAAGUUCCUUGAUCAUAUUCCGGAGAUCAAUUACCGUCGUAUGGACGGCGAGACCGCCAUCAAGAACCGCCAGGAUCUCGUCGAUGAAUUCAACAACGACCCAAACUUGCAUGUUUUCCUCCUCACAACCAAAGUGGGUGGGCUCGGAGUGAACCUCACAGGCGCCAAUCGUGUGAUCAUCUACGACCCUGAUUGGAAUCCAUCGACCGACAUUCAGGCACGCGAGCGAUCAUGGCGUCUCGGCCAAAAGCGUGAGGUUGAGAUUUACCGUCUCAUGUCUGCCGGCACCAUCGAGGAGAAGAUUUACCACCGUCAAAUAUUCAAGCAGUUCUUGACGAACAAAGUAUUGAAAGACCCAAAGCAGCGCCAGACAUUCCAGAUGAGCGACUUGCACGAUCUCUUCACACUCGGUGGCGAGAACGUCGAUGGCGAGACCGAUACUGGCAACAUGUUUCGGGGCUCAGAAGUCAAAUUUGAUAAGAAUGGUGAGACGAAAGAAUCUGCAGCAGAUGCGACAGCAGGAUCAGACCUUGCAGCUAUGAGCGGUGUUGCUCGUGCCGAGCAGUUUCAAGCUGCAGCUUCGGACGGCGAAGAAGCUGCCGCAAAAGCUGCUGCAGACGAUACUGCUACCGAGGCAGCACCUACAGAUUCUCGCCUCAUGUCAACCAUCUUCGCGCGCACAGGCGUUCACUCGGUCCUCGAACACGACAGCAUCGUCAACUCCACAGCCGGAGGUCGCAAGCGCAAAGUGCAAGCCGAUCCAGCCUUUGUCCAACGCGAAGCCAAGCGUCAAGCUGCCAUCGCUGCAGAGCAACUGAAGAAGAGCCUGGAAGAAGCGCGCAAUGUGCCUGCUGGCGUGCCUUCAUGGACAGGUCAGUUCGGGGAAGCAGGUCGACCAGAGGUUCGCGGUAUAGGAGCAUCACGCGGUGGUCGGGGAGGGCGAGGAGGUGGACGCGGUGGCGCUGCACCAUCAUCAACAUCCAUCCUGUCCAACCUUGCAGCGCGUCAAGGUCGCCUGAACCCUGGCACCACAACAGUCACAUCCGCCUCAUCAUCACGCGGAUCCACGCCAUCGUCCACGACACCGCAAACGUUCCGCGGCAAGCGCAUGAUCGAAAUGAUUCGCGAUUUCAUGAUGACACAUGGCGGUGUGGUGCCCAGCCGUAUGCUCGUCGACCACUUCGAUCACUAUUGUCGCGCACAGCCUGGUCGGAACGAGGAGUUCAAGGAGAUGUUGAAGACGAUUGCUACGCUGGAGAAGAGCGGGAGUGCGCAGCGGGGACGGUGGGUACUCAAGGAGGAGUGGAGGGCUGCGAGGGGCGGCGGGAGAGGUCAGGCGUAG